CAGUGCAGGCUGGGCACCUGCUAGCCAUGGCGUGUGGGCCAGGAGAUCUUCAGAGCCUCACAUCUCCAUUUUCCUCUGCCAGAGUUGGGACCCCACUGUAUUUUGAAGAACGCUGGUUCCAGACCUGCGGUCACACCAACAUCGCCUGCAAGAUGGUGAAGGGGAAGCUGGUGGAGGUAGGCAAGUGGCCAUGGCAGGUGAGCAUCCUGUUUCUGGGCGUGUACAUCUGUAGCGGCUCCCUCAUCCACCAUCAGUGGGUCCUCACGGCUGCGCACUGCCUGCAGAGAUCCAAGGACCCCAAAAUGUACUCCGUGAGGGUGGGAGUCCAGAGCCUCUCAGACAACGGCACCCAGCUCCUGCUUACCCGCAUCGUGAUUCACGAGGAUUUCCACAACCUCAUAUCCCACGAUAUUGCCCUCCUGAAGCUCAGAGACCCCAUCUCCUGGUCCCCGCUCAUCCAGCCUGUCUGCCUACCCAACAACAGAUUCAAGCUUUCUGUCGGAACCAUGUGCUGGGCGAUCGGGUGGGGACAUAAAAGCACUGGAGUCUCUUCAGUAACCCCAAAGACCCCAUACAGUCUUCAGGAGGUGGCUGUCAAGAUCAUAAACAGUGAAACCUGCCAUCAGCAGUACCAGUUCCUCUUCUUGAAGGACCAGAAGAAGUUCAUUGGGCACGACAUGCUGUGUGUCAGCUCAGAAUGGGGCAUGGACUCUUGUCAGGAUAACUCUGGCAGCUCCCUCGUCUGCCAGGUGAACAACUCCUGGAUUCAGAUGGGGGUGGUGAGCUGGAGCCGGAGCUGCAACCAGCACCGCUUCCCAGGCAUCUACACCAGCACCUCCCACUUCACCCACUGGAUCAAGAGGCAGAUCACGGACAUGAGGUUCAUCAGUAGGGCUGGCCCUGCCUUCCUGAGCCCGGUCACCCUCACUGGCUACAUUCUGCUGGUGUCCUUGGGCUCCCUGUGGCUCCUGUGAGCGGUGUUUCUGGGGCAGGCACUCCCAGAGGCCGCUGCUUCCUCCCUGUCUGCCCUCAGGAGCCGUGCAGACCCAGGGAGCGCAUGACAUCAGGACAGAGCACCCUUGGGGGAGGGUCCCAGAGCCACUGGUUUUUUAAGUUGUUCAAUGAAGAUGCUCUUGAGUUUUACGCCAC